AUGUCAAUGCAGACCUAUUCUAUACUGUCUUUUUUUGUAAUUGUUCCUGGUAUAUCUUAUUUUUAUAUUUGGACGUUUUUUAUUGCAACAUUUGUUGAAAGUAAUUUUUUUGCAUUUAUUGUUUUAUUAAGUUCAUUAUAUUAUGGUGGAAAAUAUUUGGAAAAGUCAUGGGGGUCGAAAGGUCUUAUGAAAUUUAUACUUGUUAUAGUGAUUGUUCCAAAUAUCUUUGCUUGGACUUGGUACUAUAUUCGAUAUAUAAUUGAACAUAAUAUGUUGUUUUUGUGUGUAAAUCCCGUAAAAAAAUAUAUGAUUGAUAAAAUGAAUAGAACAAGAUCAAUUCAUGGAGGAUACGCUCUUUACUCAGGUUUUUUAGUUGCAUUAAAGCAAUUGAUUCCAGAACAUACAAUAACUCUUUUUAAAGGUAUUUUACGAAUACGUAUAAAAUACGUUCCAAUUUUAUACAUUUGUGUUAUUUCAAUUAUAGGAAUCUUAAUUGAAAAUGGUUCGCUUGGAAUACUAGCAUGGACAGGGUUUUUAAGUUCUUGGGUUUAUUUGAGAUUUUUUAAAUGGAAUACACCAAAUCUAUUUUCGCAUUUAACAUUAGAUCUUAGAGGAGAUACCUCAGAAACGUUUGGAUUUGCUUAUUUUUUCCCUCAACCUAUACAUUCUCUAAUUAGCAUGAUUUCAAAAAAAAUUUCUCAUUUCCUAGCAUUUUUUCAUAUAUAUGUAUCUAUUCCUAUAAAAAAUCAGCAAACGGAAACUUUAAAUAGUUUUCAGAAGUCUCCUGAUUUUCUUUCACAUUUAGGUACGUCUCGUUCUGAAGCAGAAAGAAGAAGAGCACUCGCUUUGAAAGAGUUGGAAGAACGAUUAAACACAUCAACAAAUACGAAACUUAAUAUACAAUCAUCUACAACAGAAUCAACUGUAUUAAUGUCAGAAUUAUCUAAUAAACCUCUAAUUAUAAAUGAUGAAAAUAAAAAAUAA